GGUCGGUUUGAGUGUUGUCAAUAUGCAGGCACACAGCGGUUACAGCCGAAUAUUUGAUCUCAGCAAGACGAGACUUCAGCCCAAAACUCAAGAAUGAGAAUCGUGCGUAUUCUCUCCAUCGAAAGUUAACGAGACGCACUAUUCGGGCGUCUGAAAAUUGGAGAUGAUGCCCGCGCAAGAUUUACCCGGCUCGCAAACUCCUGGUCAGAGAGUCUUCUGGAGGGAAGAACGUGAAGACGAAGCCAUUUAUUCGGUAUCACUGAAGAAAGUGAGAUACCGCUCGAGCGAUAAGCUUCUCCCUUCUCCUGACGAAGACGAACAACCAGGCUCUUAUCUUCAGUGGGAGAUGAUGAAGAUCAGAACCAUUAAAGCCGGUUCUUUAACGAAGCUUGUGGAACAUUUAGCACCCCCAAUUGCCUCAUUUGACGAGGUUGAUCCUGGCUACAUUAUGGCGUUCAUGACUACGUAUAGAACUUUUUCAACAAUGACGGAAAUCGUGGAUCUACUUUUCGAGCGUUACCGACUAUUUGUGGAAAAUGCUGCUCAGGAAAAGGAGGAGGUAGUUGACAAAGUGCUGAGGGGCAUCGCUUCAGUGUUUCAUGUAUGGCUAGAACACUUCCCUUCUGAUUUUGAUGAGCCAGAUUAUACAACUCUACUAAAAAUACAAAGCUUUGUGACAUCAGAGAUGAGGGCUAGUCAUGGAGAAGAAUUAGCUAAGAAGAUACAACAACGUCUUGAUAAAUUUAGGAUCACUCCAUUUGAAGAUGAAGAUAUUGAGAUAAUUACAUGUCCCCUUCCUGUGUCACCAAAGUUUGGUUUUCAAGAUGACAUGUGCUCAAUUCCAGAAGAGACUGAGUCUUGUUUGGAUUUUCUGACCCAACCAACCAAUGAGUGUGCUGAGCAGCUAACAGUGAUGGAUGCGAAACUGUUCAAGAAGGUAAUAGCAUGGCAUUGCCUGGGAUGUGUUUGGGGAAAGAACAAAAAGGAAGGAAGAGCAGCCACUGUGAAGGCCACAGUUGACCAGUUCAAUGCUGUGUCUCUUCGGGUCAUCUCCACCAUUUUAACUUGCACUGAAAGCAAAACAAGUGGGCCGAACAUGAGGGGGAAGUACAUUUCACAGUGGAUAAAUGUAGCACAGGAAUGUAGAGAUCUGAAGAAUUUCUCAUCCCUCAAAGCUAUCUUGUCAGGUCUGCAGUCAGCUUCAAUUCACAGACUCAAAAAAUCUUGGUCUCAUGUUUCUAGAGAUGUUCAUAAUUUGUUUCUCGAACUCUCAAACAUUUUCUCAGAAGACAGCAAUCAACAGAGUAGUAGAGAACUUCUCAUGAAGGAAGGAACUGCAAAGUGGGCGCAGCCAGAAAGUUCACCAACUAAGAAAUUACCUAAUAUUAAGAAACGGAAGUCACGCUUCAUGGACCUGGGAAUUAUCCAAGGAACAGUUCCAUACUUGGGCACAUUUCUAACCGACCUAAUGAUGUUAGAUGCCGCUUAUCAAGAUUUCACUGAGGAUGGCUUGAUCAAUUUUGAGAAAAGAAGAAAGGAGUUUGAAAUAAUCGCUCAAAUAAAGCUGCUUCAAGAAGCGGCAAAGAACUACAUAAUCGUUCAGGAUGAAAAAUUUCGACGUUGGUUUGAUAACAUCAAGACAUUUACAGAAUCAGAGAGCUACCACUUGUCUUGUAAAGUUGAACGAGUGGAACUAAAGUAUACGAAAAAGAAGAAGGAAACUAAAAUAAGACGGAUGCUCAGUGAACCAGACAUCAGCAAAUUGAAUUUACUGACGCAAAUCUCAUCACAAAGUCUCUCUCCUCCUCCUGCUGAUAAACAGUGCAAAUCCAAUGAAAACUCUCCUGUCAUGGCUCGCCACAAAAGAAAUGUAAGUACAACUUUGAACUCCGGCUCUUCCUCAUCCUCCACGUCCUCCGGUGUGUCAUCAGGAUCAGAUACGUCCUCGGUGCCAAAAAACUUUUCAUUCUCCCUUCCCCGGUCACAGUUUGCUGGCUUGCCAAUUGGCUCUAGGUCACCCCGCCUACGCAAGUCUAGAGGGGGUGUUUCGCGGAGGUCUUUACCAGAACGACCGCGUCUUCCUCAGACGCCUCCUCCCGACAGUCCUUCCAAUAGAUCUGCACAUGCUGGCUGUAUUAUUCGGGUCAGCAUCGACGGACUGGAAGAUACAAAAUCUGGUGCUGGUGUUAUCUACAAAGGGAUUUGGCUUUCGGAUGACGAGCGAACACCUGCUGUCAUUCGAUCGUGUUUGGAGAGACGAGAAAUGAAGGGAGAUCCAAGCGAGUAUUUCCUUGUUCAAAUUCUUGAUAAUGAAGGCGAACUAGUCAUACCAGACAAUGCGAAUGUGUACUACGCCCUGAAUUCAAGUAUGGAAUCUUUGCUGUUCAAACUCAAGAAAAAGGCAGAUGAAAAGCCGAGCUGAGAAUUAACGGAUGGAAAAGUGACAUCUUAUGACAGGAUUAAGAUAUGUUUUUAUCCACUUCCUUGUCAGCCAUCCCUGCAGAUUGCCGAUGCUGAAUGAGGUUCUCGCCUCGCAAGGAAUAGAAACUCUUUGACCAAGAAGUUGCUACGAGGUGCCCGACAUUUUACAAUUUUAGCCAGAGGCAAUUCAUUCGUACACAAAUUUCCGGCCAAUCGUCCCCCGAGCGGUAACAACUUCAGAACAACAUGAUGCAAGAGCGCAUUGUGAUUGGCUAGUCAAAUGUGCACCUGACUUUUGCUAAUAUUUGCUGGGUUAGCAUUUUAUGCGCAUGCGUUUCAAUGCUCUAUUGAUCAUACACAAUUUUUGUAAAUAAAUUUUAAAAAUUAAAUGAUCUUACGUCAGCCCAGAAAUGUAUUUUUAGGAUUUAGUUAAAUCUCAUAAACAGUACUAAGAUAAUUGAGGUAGAUAAUACAUUUUUAAUUGUAUUAUAUGGAAAAGAGACAUAAAUCUAAAUUUUUACGUUGGUAUUUUGUAAAUCGAUUUUGAAUUGCUCUAUACAUAUAUAUUUUUUCAGUUGUGAAUGUGUUUAUCCAGAAGCCAUAGAGAAGACGAAGUUUUAAUGGUUUUCUAAAGGUUUUUGAAAUGCAUUUUGCCUGAUUAGGAUAAAAUUUCGCCGCAAAAGCUUCAUUUGUCUGUUGAGAUUUGCCAACUAAUCAAUGAUGUGGACCUUGAAUAAAAUAAAUUUGACCAAUGGAACCUAAAACAUUUAAGAAAUUCACGAGAAAAACAACACUAUAAGUAGGGAAGUUAUCGUGCAAUGUUUCCAUUUCUAUGUGCUCUUCCUCAGCAAUUGGUUUAACAAUCUUCUUCGUCUACGAUUUUUUUAGUACAAAAAAUUUUAUUGAAGAGUGCAGUUUGUGACUGAUAGCUGAAUCGAGCGACAAAAUAUAUAUCUAUUACGGCAACUGAAAAAGUUCAAUAUUAUUGGGGUUUUUUAGUAUUAUUAUUAUUUUAAUAGACAAAUGAGAAUUAAACCUUUUAAUGCAAAU